CGAAUAAAACAGGAGCAAAAAAUUAUUGUUCGGCAAUGGCUUUGGCUUGGCAAAUUCAGUGCACUGCUUCACCACCACUCCUUUCUCUUCCCUUCUUCAAACGAAAAUCUUCUUCUUCCACGUCUCUCUCUCUCCCGGUCACUCGCUCUAUACGCUUAGGCUCCACUCACGCGCCGUCUCCUAGGACCGUCGCUGCUUCCCUCUCCUCCGUCGAAUCUCCCACCUCCGUCGACGGUCUUGGUAACAAUAAGACGCCUCUUCUCGAAGUCAAAGGCUUAACUGCUGUGAUUGCUGAAACCAAGCAGGAGAUCCUCAAAGGCGUUGACCUCGUCGUUAACCAGGGAGAGAUUCAUGCUAUAAUGGGAAAGAAUGGCUCCGGGAAGAGUACGUUUUCUAAGGUUCUUGUUGGGCAUCCGGAUUAUGAGGUGACUAGGGGCAGUGUUGUGUUUAAGGGAGAGAAUUUGCUUGACAUGGAGCCGGAGGAAAGGUCUCUUGCCGGACUUUUUAUGAGUUUCCAGUCUCCGGUUGAGAUACCGGGUGUGAACAAUAUUGACUUUUUGCACAUGGCAUACAAUGCUCGAAGGAAAAAACUUGGCGAGCCCGAGCUUGGUCCACUUGAGUUCUAUGCUUAUAUAUAUCCUAAACUUGAUCUCGUGAACAUGAAGACUGACUUCCUUAACCGAAAUGUCAAUGAAGGAUUCAGUGGAGGUGAAAGGAAGCGCAAUGAGAUUUUACAGCUUGCAGUUCUUGGAGCAGACUUGGCUAUACUUGAUGAGAUUGAUUCUGGACUAGAUGUUGAUGCCCUUCGAGAUGUAGCAAAAGCAGUAAAUGGCCUUUUGACUCCAAAUAACUCAGUUUUGAUGAUAACUCAUUAUCGCCGGCUGUUGGAGUUUAUUAAACCAACAUUCAUCCAUAUUAUGGAGGACGGAAGAAUCAUAAAGACGGGAGAUAGCUCCUUAGCCCAAGUUCUUGAGGAGAAAGGCUAUGCUGCAAUUUCUUCUGCAUAGCAUAAAAUUCUGAAUCGGUACACACUCCAUUUAGCUUUGUUUUUCAGCCUCUGGUCCACUGUGAACUACAAUGCAAAUUCAGAAGAUCAGGUUCCACCAUCUUUUAAAAGGGAGCAUGGAGCCUCAGCCCUUGAGUAUGAACAGUGGUACCAUAUACUGUUUCGGUUUAAUAUUUAACCUCUUGUUUUGGAAUGUGAGUGGGUUUGUCCACUUGAAGAUUGGGAAAUUAGGGUUUUAGAAAGAAAGAACUUUGUUUACUACAUGAUUUUUGCUGAUCUUAUCUAUUUUUGAGCUGAUGAAAGUCGUAUGGAGUCAUACAUGUAAUCUGAUUGUUACAUUAAACUGAUACUUCGACUGAAAAUAUUACAGCCCUGUUGUUGUUUCAA